AUGCCACCGUCGGCGGCGUCGUCGAGCCGUAAUGCGGAAGCUAGCGCCGAUGAGCCAGCAAAUGUGGCAUCGACAUCUGCUCCUAGGAACUCGAGAGCUCCAUCUGCUCGCCCAACAGUCCUGUGGACCAAGUCAUGGACCUCAGCGACCGUCUCACCCUCGACAACAUCCUCGAACGUCACAGUCGGAUCGAACACCAGCACUGCUGCUGACGCCUCCUCUUCAUGCUCCUUGCCGGUCUCGAAUAUCAGUUCCGACUCAACCAGAGCUUCGACACCAAUACCAGAUCUCUCCUUCAGCCCGUCUACACCACAAGCUGUGGCAAGUGAUGAGCUGUCAAGCGCUCCAACUCGUGCUGCCCAAGCAUCAGGACAGGCCUCAAGCUCAAAUGAUGGCGCUCCGGUGCAUAUACCCUCUCGGCAAGGCUCACAUGACAGCGAUCAGAGCAGCGAUGGUGCGUUCAACGACGCUGCUGAAGAUGAGCCAGAAGCGAUAGGCAUUACCACCAGCUCCAGCAUACAUGCGCUUGAUCUUUUGUAUCGGGUCAGCGACAAGGCAGCUGCAGAUCGAGCGUCUCAAGGUCAGAAUUUGCGGUCUCGUCUCUCGCAACUGUCUACCAGUCGAGCAUCGAACAAGAAUAGAAGUCGUAGCAACAGCAGAGAUCCGUCCACCAGCACGAGGGCAAUCUCGCCGCAGUUCGUUGACAGGCAAGACGGAGCUGCUGAUAGUGUCGCAGAAGAGAAGCCGGAAUCCAGCACAGGCAUCGAAGCUGGGCAGAUCGAGGAGGCCUCAGUAUCUACACCAGAAGAGCCGGAGCAGUACGCCGAUCGAAAGUACUACAUUCUCUCAUCAGCAGGCAAACCUAUCUACAUCUCACAUGCAUCUCUGUCGCGACGCAAAAGGAGGAGAGAUCAACGACGACGACGAGAGCAGGAAAGGUCAUCACCCCAAUCCGCCGACUCAGACUCCACCACCGCCAAUGCAGCGCCAAAGGAUACCGGCGAUGAGAGCGACGAAGAAGACGAAAGCAGCACCACUCAAGUCGGAGUCAUGCAGGCACUCAUAUCCAUCUUUGCCGAUGAAGAGUCUGAUAAACUUCGCUUCAUUCGACAAGGCGAUCUUCUCAUCACAUUUCUCCUUCGCGCACCGCUUUACCUCGUAUGCGUGUCCAACUGGAACGAAGAGCCAUCGACGCUGCGGCAGCACCUGGAGUAUCUGUACCUGCAGGUUAUCAGCUUGGUCUCUGCAAGUCAGCUAACUCGGUUAUUUUCGCGAAUGCCGAACUUUGAUCUUAGGAGGCUUCUCGAGGGGACGGAAGGAAUCUUUGACUAUUUGGUGAAUCAGCUCAAUGCUAAUGAGACCGAUGACGAUGAUGGCGGAGACGGAAACGGUCAAGCUGUUGCCGAAGGAGAUGCGGUGGGAAGGAGCAAGGUGAAGCGACUGAUCACAGAUUGGGCCUCAUGUCAUCAGUGGUGGUUGCAAGCCCUGCAGCCUAUCCGUAUCACAGUGCCGAGUCUGCGAGAUCAGCUCACUGCAGCGUUGCAGCCACCUGCAGCCGAGUCGAGCUCAUCUACACAGCCGCAACGGCCGAAGGAUCUUCUGUACGUGCUAUUGAUCGCAAAUGGGCGUAUUGUGACGCUGCUGAGGCCAAGAAAGCAUUCGGUACAUCCAAUCGAUCUGCUUCUGCUCACAAAUACGGUGGUGGGCAGUCGAUCGAUCAAGCGCUCUGGAGGGUCGGAAGAUGCAGAGAUCUGGCUACCCUUCAGUAUGCCAAAGUUCGCACCGCAGGGUUUUGUACAUGCAUAUGUCAAGUUCCUGGAUUCAGAGAGCUGGAUCGCCCAACCAGCAUCGCAAGCAGGGACCCAUGACAGCAAGAUGACAUCGUCCGAGCUCGCAGUGAUCGUCGUCACAGCAGACAAAGACGCUUUCCCAACAGUCUCAAGCUGGAUCUCUUCACUUGUCGCCAAACCACCAAUAGAAGCAUCAGACCGAUCAGAGACGGCAUCGAUCAUCUCGAACACCAAAGCCAAGAAGACUUGCUUGACGUCCAAGACCCUCAAGUCUGAUCCAGCAGACGAGGGCGAAGCAUGGCUUACAAACUUCCAACGCCACAUUCUCACCCUCUGUCGCCAUCUCUCUGACCCAACCAACAUCGAAGAAGGGGCUCCACGAGUUUCCGCCUACACCUGUGCCGAGCUUGGUCUCGCAGGCCUGCGCCACUUCGUAUAUCGAAGCAACAGCACAAUCCAACUGACCUCUCCCACCCUACCUGAACCAUACAGCACAUCCGCAACCGACCGCAAACGGCUAUUCACACUCUACUCUCUGGUCCAUCACAACAUCCACCAUCCCGUCCCACCUUCCACAACUGCUGCCGUGGGGGCGGAAAACAUGGUUCCCUCUAAUCCGACCACUCCAGCCGCCGGUGCGGGAGCAGGGGUGCUGGAAGGAGGAAGCUCCCAACUAGCAUCCGCUUUCGGUUUCGGUGGGGCCGGAGGAAUGUGGAGCAGUCAAGCGGCCAGACCGUUAUUGAAUGCGGAUAGGAGGUUGAAGAUGCAACUGGUAAAGACAGAGCAUGAGCAGGUGCUGGGUUGGAUCACGUCGCCAUUCGAACUGUAUUUGUGUGUUAAUCCGCAGGUGUCAAAGUUGGCGAUUGUGGCCAUCGCCAAUGGGUUGACAAAGUGGAUCAAAACGAACGAGAGGGAUUUGUUCUUGAUCAAUGCUGGGAGCUUCUAA